AAAUAACUUUAAUUAGAAAAUACGUAUUGAAUUUAUUGUUAUAGGUUAUAUCUUAACGUGGUAGGGUACUAAUCACUAAUGGCGACCCCUGUUGUGAGCAAUCCCCCCAAGGAACUCUCCUGGCAACCGUCGUUUAAUCAAUACUUUUGCAAAUGUCCUGACCGCGAUGGGUACGACUCCGUUGUGGGUUGAGUUAGUCUGCAAAAAAUGGCAAAGAAGGGAGGAGUGCAACAGCUCCAGGCGGACCUCUCCACGGACGAGGAGUUUGAAAAGUUCCUGCUACGGUCGGGGCUACUGGUGCUCGACAUCUAUUCGGAAUGGUGCGGUCCGUGCCUGGGAAUGGUGGGCAGCCUGCGGAAGAUCAAGCUGGAGCUCGGCGGCGACAAUCUUCAGCUGGCAAUCUGCAAGGCGGGCUCCAUUUCCUACUUGGAGAGGUUCAACAAGAAGAGCGAGCCCACCUGGAUGUUUGUGACGAAUGGAAAAGCCAUCAACAUUAUGUUCGGCACUGACGUUCCCAAACUGGUGGCCAUGAUCACCCGUAUGCUCCAGUCAACGAUGGCCAAGGAGUCGCACUUUGGUUACGAGAUCACCGAGCUCCAACCCAUCGAGCUGGAGCAACAGGAGGAGCGCAACAAGGCGCUCCGGCUGGCCCAGGAAAUAGAACUGGCCGAGAGCCGGCGGAAGCGGGUGGAGUACCUUAGCAGCGUCACAGACUGCAUCAUGGCCAAUCUCCCGGAUAUCGGGAUAACCGUGUUUGGGCCACAGGUCAACCGCGACAUGUUCAAGAAGCUCUCAGAACCGGCCGAUCCCCUCAAGAUCCAGUGCAAGGAUCGAAAGGUCUUCCCAAUCACACCCAGUGACUUUGCCACCGUGAACUUUGCUGCAGAAAACCCACUGGCUCCGGAGGUCAUCGAGCAGUUGUACGACAAGGAGCUGCUCAUGUGCUUCUGGAAGGUCGAGGAGGUGCUCGGUACCCCACCCAGCGUGCUGCGUCAGUAUGCCCACGAGCUCACCAAGGAGACGAUCAAGCCGCCGGACGAGUUCAACGAAGAGGAGAUCACAGUGCCGCCCAUGAUUGUUCCGCUGGAGAUUACAGUGGAGUUUCCCGCGGAAGAUCCUGCUUCCGAGGAAGCUGUGGCGGAGGCUAUGAAGCAGCAUAGCGAGGAACAGAAGGACCCCGAUUCGACUCCGAAUGAAGGUGGGGCUGGCGAUGAGGAGCCCGAGACUGAUCCCGAACCGGCACCACCUCCGGAGCCCGAACAGGAGCAGCCGAAGAAGACCAAGAUCGUCCGCAUUCCUCCGAUUUGGGUUCCCAGCGACCAGCGUACUCAUGCGGCUCUCAUCUACACGUACUUCCGGGGCCAGACCUCGGCCUUCCUGCCGCCGGAUCCUGUGCCAGAACCCCCACACAUUGUGAUGACCUUCGACGCCUACAAGAAGAAGGAUCUGGCCCUUAUCCUCGAAACCUGCCGGGAGGACAUUCCGCUGUAUGGAUUCUUCACCAGCGACAAUCCACAAACAGCUGUCUUCAUAGCCAACUCGGUGGAGAAGUACAAUGCCAAGCCCUAUGUGCCCACGGAUAAGAUUGUUUUGAAGGUCAACAAGGUCAACAGUGCCACCAUCCCCACACUGAAAGCCUAUGGCCCGAGUUAUGUCAGUAUCAACUCUGUGAUCGGUCACAAGGAGGCCGUCCAGUUCUUCCCGGCGAACUACAAGUCCGCUCUGCAGGAAGAGGCCGAACUUCAUGCUGUAAAAACCGAAAAGCCGAAGAAACGAAAGAAGAACAAAAAGGGCGCUGAAGCCGAGGAAAGUGGGAAGCCGGAUGCCGGGCUAACGGAUGCGCAACAGGAGGCGGACGAGGCGGCAAAGACCUCUCCAGAGGAAGGUGCCUCCACCACGAGCAGUGGCGAGGACAGUUGCGAGAGCCGCCCUGCGACUGCCGAUGGCGCCAACGCAGAAGGGGCACAGGCUACAUAA